UAUAAAAAGCUACGUAUUUAGACACCUGGUUUCUGCAAAUCUGUAAUGUUUUCCAGAGGUGGCAAGAGCUAACUCUCAGAAUUCAACAGGGAAAGUAGAAGUGAACAAUAUGAAGAACAUUCCAACAGUUGACCAGGGUGCCCAGUAGAUACAGGAAACCAUCGCAUUAGCCCCAGCGAAAACAGCAUACCAUGUGUAAUCUGUGGAUUAAAUGGAUAGAAAUUACAAUGCUGCUUAUUAUGGUUGAUGGCCAACUGCUCAAGCAGGCAAAGGCCCCACUGCUACUCCACAAACCUUUCAUUGUUGUUUGGAAUGCACCUACGGAACAGUGCAGACUGCGGUACAAGGUGGACCUAGAUCUCAGAGUUUUUGACAUUGCAUCAAACACCAAUGAAACUUUGAGUGGCUCCAAUGUGACAAUCUUUUAUCACACUCAUUUGGGGCAUUACCCCUAUUACUUAGACAAUGGGGUUCCUAUCAAUGGAGGGGUGCCACAGAAUGAGAGUCUGAUAAAACACCUUAACAAAGCUAAGUCUGACAUUGACCAUUCCAUACCCAUGAAGAAAUUCCAAGGACUUGCAGUCAUUGACUGGGAAAACUGGAGGCCCCAGUGGGACAGGAACUGGGGUAAUAAAACCAUUUAUAGAAAUAAGUCUCUUGAACUGGUUAGGAGACACCAUCCUCAGUGGUCAGAGGACAAAAUUAGGAAAGUUGCUAAGGAAGAAUUUGAAAAUGCUGGCAAGAGUUUUAUGAACAACACUAUCCUUCUGGCUGAGCACAUGAGACCGAAUGGUCUAUGGGGUUAUUAUCUUUACCCAGACUGCUACAAUUAUGAUUACAAAGAACAUCCAAAAGUAUACACAGGUAGAUGCCCAGACAUUGAAUCGUCCCGCAAUGAUCUCCUGCUUUGGCUGUGGAAAGAAAGUACCGCUCUUUAUCCAUCCAUCUAUCUGGAUUAUAUAUUGAAGUCAAGUCCAAAUGCUCUGAAGUUCGUUCAUUAUCGGGUUAAGGAAGCAAUACGUAUUGCCUCAGUUGCUAGAAAAGACUAUGUUUUGCCUGUUUUUGUUUACUCCAGACCAUUUUAUGCCUAUACUUUACAUGUUUUGACAGAGACUGACCUGGUGAACACUAUUGGAGAGAGUGCUGCUUUGGGGGCAGCAGGGGUUGUCCUUUGGGGAAGCAUGCAGUAUGCCAGCUCAAAGGAGAGCUGUUCAGUUGUGAAAAAAUACAUAGAUGGCCCCUUAGGACAUUAUGUCAUUAAUGUCACCUCAGCAGCCAAACUCUGCAGUAAAGUUCUGUGUAAGAAAAAUGGGAGAUGCAUCCGUAAAAUCGGUGACUCUUCUGCUUAUCUGCACUUGUCACCCAAUAGUUUUGAGAUUGGGGUCCACCAUUCUGAAAAAGGCCCAAGAUUCUUUGUGACUGGAAAACUUAGACCAGAAGACAUGAAGGCCAUGAAGCAGAGCUUCACAUGUCAGUGUUACCAAGGCUGGACUGGGAUAUUUUGUGAACUGCCUGACCGAAGUCUACUUGAACAAUGGGCUCACACUCUGUUUAAUAGAUCAAAAAAUAAAAUGCUCAACUUUCUCUUAUUUGGAUCCAUGCAGGUUUUUCUGCUUCUCAUUAUACACUAAUGUUUCUUACAAGGAAGCAAGAAACGUUGCAGUUGAGACUUCAGAUCUCCUUGCUUAGCAAGUUUCUAUUCAGAUGGGAAAUGGUGUUGCAGACUGUUGCUUUAUCUUCAUUCUUCUCCAUUUAAGUACUAAUCCUACUGGGCAAGGCAGCAUUUUUACACAGAGUGUUAAGGAGAUUUCGAAUGCAUCUCCCUCUUACUGGCCCCACUCGUACUGUUCUAUCUCAUUCCUUAAUCAGUCAAAACUCUACUGAUCCACUGGGAGUUUUGCUCGAGUGAGAACUGAAUAAAGCUGGGUAAAGACUUCAGGAUUUGUCCCUAGACAAGCAGAAAAAAAAGGAUGUAAAGACCAUUUAUUUCAAAGGCUGGAUGAUUUAGAACACUUUAAUUUUGAGGAUCUUCCCAUUGACUGGGGUCUAGUCUGUACUACUCCUCUUGUGUUUAAACACCAUGAAAGUCAAAUGGAGUUUUGGGCGUACAAUAAUGUAGCAUCAGGACUCAAACUGGUUUCAGCUUGUGGAUGUCACUGCUUGUAUAGCAGCUUCUACAUAAAGAUUUGAAAGGCACAGGGAAUUCUCCAUAAACACACACAUUAAAUAUUUGGAAUAUGAACAGAUAUACUCAGUUAUAUUUCGGCUCACACGUUAAUUCAGUGAGUAUCAACACUUUCUGUGAUAGUUUUGUCCUGUUGAUUUGCAAGCUGCUGUUUGACUAAAGACUGGGCCUGUCUGCAAUUUCUGAUAACCCAGUUCGACCUUUGUUACUCAUUAAAAAAAUUACCUCUAAAAUCCAUUCAGGUCUGAUGUUCUCAGUCUUUGAGAGAGGUGCUGGCACUGGCACUUUAUAGGAUUCCUGGCAAGGGUAAGCUCCACAUGCUCCUUUCCUUCCUCCCUCCUGCAACUUGGAAGGAGACAGUCCCACUCUUUCCUCCUCCUGACUGCUGGGAGGUGGGAUGCUCCAUUCUCUCCUUCCUUCCAGCCAGGGAGGGUUGUGUGCUCCUCACUGCCUCUUGGGCACUGAAUUCCCUACUUUCCACCCUACUCAAUCCAUGUAUAGCUGGUAGAGCACUCCUGUGACUGAUGCUCCACUUGCCCUGCCCAUCACCAGACUGAGUUAGUGGAUUAGUGAGAUUCAUCAAGAGCACGAAAUGGGGAGCAGCCGCCACAGAAACCCUCUGGGAACACACCAUCCCCUCUUUCAGGCAGGAGGAAAAAAUGGAGCAUCCCACCUCCCACAAGCUCUGCCCUGCCUCCCAUGUUGAGGACCUUGAUAUAGGUGGUACGGUCAGCACUUUGUAACCAGAUCCUCUUUUAAGUAGGGCUAGUGGAAAGACCUACUGAAUAAUUACUGGUGAAUAUAGUAUCCAAGAAAUGGCCCAUCAAACUAGUCCUAUUUUUCAAUUGAAACUAUAUUUUAAAACAUUAAUUUAAAAUAAGGCACUGGCCCAUUUUCUCACAGGAAUGCAUAUAUUUCCCCAAAAAUACUACCUUAUAUACAGUAAGUUUUUUUAAAAGUCAUAAAUAAAUGACUAGAUCAAAUGGGUGACAAAACCAAGAAAAAUUCUCUCUCUCUGAACUGAGUUGCUAGGUACAAUAUAAAAGUUGUUUUCUCUUGAAACUUGCAAAUGAUGGGCUGUGUAGAGUACUCGCCUAGAGCAGUGUGCACUGAAAUAAUGAGAGACCUGUGCUUGGAUCUAAGAGAAUAUGGUAUACAAUCCUUUACCCUGAGCAAUCUGAGAGUUUAUACUCAUUAUUCAUGGCCAGAUUUUGCCAUCCUUACUCACGUUGAGUAGCAUCAUAUUCCAAGAGUAGUUCCAUUAAAAUCAGUAAGACUACUCUCAGGGGAAGGUGCUACUCAACACAAGUAAGGGUGGCAGAAUUUGGCCCUCAGCUAGAGGCCAUUCUUGAUACUGGACUAAGUCUUACUCAAGUAAGGCAAGUUACUUAAGACAUUAAUCUGCAUAUAGCACAAUACAAUUCUUCUGUAUAUUUUGUGUUAUUUGUACAUCCUUAAUUUAUCCCCAACCAUUACUAUAAAAUAGGAGUCAGAUUCCCAGCUGGUGAAAGCUCCGAUGCUCAGAUUUGCACUAGUUAAAAAUCUAGCUCAUAACAGAAUUGUAAUGGAUAUUUUAAGGUUGCAAUGACCAGUUUAAACCAAGACACGUAAGUGGGACUGAUUUCAGUUAAAUAGAGAUCUAGUACAAGCCUUAGUUUUCUGAGUCAUCACUGUAAUGAUAUGUUGUGCUGAAAUGCAACAAUAAAGGUUCGCUACUCAACUUUUACUUUGUAUCAGGUAACUGGAAUGGCUGACAGCAAAUUUGAAGGUAAAAAAUCUUUUCUUGGAGGGGUUAUUUGUAAUUAAAAGGAAAACUUUUAGUACUGUGCCUAGAAGUCAUUAUAUUUUUAAAUUUUCGUGUAUACUGUUCUUUAGUUCUUUUCAUGUUCAGUGUUCGUUGAAGUUAAAAGAAAAGUGAAGCAUACAUUCAAUCCACCUCAUUUUAACACAAACAUUUGAAACAACAAGCUUAAUUUUGUUAAAUAUGUGUCAUAAGUAACAGGUAUGCUUUUGGAUUUGACAUGUCUGUAUUGUAGAAGAGUAACCUAAUUUGUUUUCAUAAGCCACA